CAGGUGGUGUCCCUUCUGCCAGGUGUGUGUGGAGGCCAGAAUGAAGCUGAAAAAGCAGGUGACAGUGUGUGGGGCUGCUAUCUUCUGCGUGGCUGUCUUCGCACUCUACCUCAUGCUGGACCGAGUGCAGCACGAUCCCACUCGGCACCAGAAUGGUGGAAACUUCCCCAGGAGCCAAAUUUCUGUGCUGCAGAACCGCAUUGAGCAGCUGGAGCAGCUGUUGGAGGAGAACCAUGAGAUCAUCAGCCACAUUAAGGACUCCGUGCUGGAGCUGACGGCCAACGCAGAGGGCCCGCCGGCCCUGCUGCCCUACUACACGGCCAAUGGCUCCUGGGUGGUGCCACCGGAACCCCGGCCCAGCUUCUUCUCCAUCUCCCCUCAGGACUGCCAGUUUGCUUUGGGGGCCCGGGGCCAGAAGCCAGACCUCCAGAUGCUAACUGUGUCGGAGGAGUUGCCGUUUGACAACGUGGAUGGCGGUGUGUGGAAGCAAGGCUUUGACAUCUCCUACAGCCCACACGACUGGGAUGCUGAAGACCUGCAGGUGUUUGUGGUGCCCCAUUCUCACAAUGACCCAGGCUGGAUCAAGACCUUUGACAAGUACUACACAGAGCAGACCCAGCACAUCCUCAAUAGCAUGGUGUCCAAGCUGCAGGAGGACCCCCGGCGGCGCUUCCUCUGGGCGGAGGUCUCCUUCUUUGCCAAGUGGUGGGACAACAUCAAUGCCCAAAAGAGAGCAGCAGUCCGAAGGCUGGUGGGAAACGGGCAGCUGGAGAUUGCAACAGGAGGUUGGGUGAUGCCUGAUGAAGCCAACUCCCACUACUUUGCACUGAUUGACCAGCUCAUCGAGGGCCACCAGUGGCUGGAGAAAAACCUCGGUGCAACCCCACGCUCUGGCUGGGCAGUGGACCCCUUUGGACACAGCUCCACCAUGCCUUACCUGCUACGCCGUGCCAACCUGACCAGCAUGCUGAUCCAGAGGGUGCACUAUGCCAUCAAGAAGCACUUUGCUGCCACCCACAGCCUGGAGUUCAUGUGGAGGCAGACAUGGGACUCAGACUCCAGCACAGAUAUCUUCUGCCACAUGAUGCCCUUCUACAGCUAUGAUGUCCCCCACACCUGUGGCCCGGAUCCCAAGAUCUGCUGCCAGUUUGAUUUCAAACGCUUGCCUGGUGGCCGCAUCAACUGCCCUUGGAAGGUGCCUCCCCGGGCCAUCACGGAGGCCAAUGUGGCUGAGAGGGCAGCCCUUCUUCUGGACCAGUACCGGAAGAAGUCCCGGCUCUUCCAAAGCAAUGUCCUCCUGGUGCCACUCGGUGACGACUUCCGCUAUGACAAGCCGCAGGAGUGGGACGCCCAGUUCUUCAACUACCAGCGGCUCUUUGACUUCCUCAACAGCAAACCCGACCUCCAUGUGCAGGCCCAGUUCGGCACUCUCUCCGAUUAUUUUGAUGCUCUGUACAAGAGGACAGGGAUGGAGCCAGGGGCUCGGCCUCCAGGGUUUCCUGUGCUGAGCGGGGAUUUCUUCUCCUAUGCGGACCGGGAGGAUCAUUACUGGACAGGUUACUACACUUCUCGGCCUUUCUACAAGAGCUUGGACCGCGUUCUGGAAGCCCACCUGCGGGGGGCAGAGAUUCUGUACAGUCUGGCUGUGGCCCACGCCCGCCGCUCUGGAAUGGCUAGCCAGUACCCGCUCUCCAACUUUGCCCUUCUGACGGAAGCUCGGCGCACUCUGGGCCUCUUCCAGCACCACGAUGCCAUCACUGGCACCGCUAAGGAGGCAGUCGUGGUGGACUACGGGGUCAGGCUUCUGCGAUCCCUGGUCAGCCUGAAGCAGGUCAUCAUCAACGCAGCUCACUAUCUGGUGCUGGGAGACAAGGAGACCUACCACUUUGACCCCGCGGCACCCUUCCUCCAGAUGGAUGACACCCGCUUAAAUCACGAUGCCCUGCCAGAGCGCACCGUCCUCCAGCUGGAUUCCUCACCCAGGUAUGUGGUGCUAUUCAAUGCACUGGAUCAGGAGCGGCUGAGCGUGGUAUCCCUGCUGGUCAACUCACCCUGGGUGCGUGUGCUCUCAGAGGAGGGCCAACCCCUGGCCGUGCAGAUCAGUGCGCACUGGAGCUCUGCCACGGACAUGGCGCCCGACGUCUUCCAGGUGUCUGUGCCCGUGCGCCUGCCAGCCUUGGGCCUCGGCGUGCUGCAGCUGCAGCAGGGCCUGGACGGGCACCGCACCCUGCCCUCCUCUGUGCGCAUCUACCUACACGGCCGGCAGCUGUCCGUCAGCAAGCAUGAAGUGUUCCCGGUACGCGUCAUUGACUCUGGCACCACAGACUUCACCCUCAGCAACCGCUACAUGCAGGUCUGGUUCUCAGGCCUUACUGGGCUCCUCAAGAGCAUCCGAAGGGUGGAUGAGGAGCAGGAGCAGCGGGUGGACGUGGAGUUCCUCGUCUACGGCACCCGCACGUCCAAAGACAAGAGCGGAGCCUACCUCUUCCUGCCUGAUGGCGAGGCCAAGCCCUAUGUCCCCAAGGACCCUCCUGUGCUGCGUGUCACUGAAGGCCCUUUCUUCUCAGAGGUGGUUGCCUACUACGAGCACAUUCACCAGGUGGUCCGGCUUUACAAUCUGCCAGGGGUGGAGGGGCUAUCUCUGGACAUGUCGUCCCUGGUGGAUAUCCGGGACUACAUCAACAAGGAGCUGGCCCUGCGCCUGCACACAGACAUUGACAGCCAGGGCACCUUCUUCACUGACCUCAAUGGCUUUCAGGUACAGCCACGGCGGUAUCUGAAGAAGCUGCCUCUCCAGGCCAACUUCUACCCCAUGCCCGUCAUGGCCUACAUCCAGGACAUGAAGAACCGCCUCACUCUGCACACUGCCCAAGCCCUGGGUGUCUCCAGCCUCGGCAAUGGCCAGCUGGAGGUGAUCUUGGACCGGCGGUUAAUGCAGGAUGACAACCGGGGCCUAGGCCAAGGGCUCAAGGACAACAAGAGAACCUGCAACCGUUUCCGCCUCCUGUUAGAACGGCGAACUGUGGGCAGUGAGGUCCAAGAUGGCCGCUCUACCAGCUACCCAUCCCUUCUCAGCCACCUGACCUCCAUGUACCUGAACACCCCAGCACUCGCCCUGCCUGUAGCCAAGAGGCAGCUACCAGGCCCUGGUCUGCGCUCGUUUCAUCCUCUGGCUUCCUCACUGCCCUGUGACUUCCACCUGCUUAACCUGCGGACGCUUCAAGCUGAGGAUGAUGCCUUGCCCUCAGCAGAGACUGCACUUCUCUUACACCGCAAGGGUUUUGACUGUGGUCUUGAGGCCAAGAACUUGGGCUUCAACUGUACCACAAGCCAAGGCAAGGUGGCCCUGGGGAGCCUUUUCCAUGGCCUGGAUGUGGGUUUCCUGCAGCCAACCUCCUUGACAUUACUGUACCCUCUAGCCUCGCCCUCCAACAGCACUGACAUCUACUUGGAGCCCAUGGAGAUUGCCACCUUUCGCGUCCGUUUGGGCUAGGGCUUCUUGUGGCCCCACAGAGACUGCCUCUUAAUAUGAGAUAAGGUUGGAUAAGCCACACUGGGCACCUUGUCCUGAUCUGCCUCUCAGAACUGUGACAGACUGGGCUCUGCCCUCAUUUCCUGUUUAUUGUUGCUUCUGUGUUUGGGGGCAACCCACAAGCCCAGUGCUGGGCAGAUAGGGCAGAUGCUAGUGAGAACAAGGAGAGGAGGCCAUUGGUCAGAGUGGGUGGUGCCAUACUCGGCUUUGGGGUAUGAGCGGCCGCCCAGCUGGGCACAAGGCUCAAGCCCCCAUCCUCUUCCCAAAAUAAGAUUAGGGGAAGCAGGGACAGGAGAGGUCAGGGGAGGCUAAGUGGGUAACAGCCCAGUGCACCAGGGUCACUGUAGGCAAGAGCUGGCUCUAAGGGGAGUGCUGGGGGUAUGUAGAAACUGCUUGUCCUGGUGUGACAAGCAGGAGCACCGUGACUCUGGAAGGGGGGGUGGGGACCCAGAGUCAGCAGUGGGGGUGGCGGAGAAGGAAUCCCCAUUUUUCCUAAGAGAAGGCUCAACUGCUUUCUGUGAGGCUCCACUCAGUGCUCCCUGGCCUGCACACCUGGCCUGGGGCUGCACUGCAGCAGGAAGGACUCUCUAAGGAUUGGACACUAUGUUGUGGCCAGAGGUCAUUGGACACUUCAGGUACCAAAAUCCUAUCUCACACUGGGCACUUGGUGUGUGUGCUGAUUUGUGGGGUGGCGGCAGGUGUGGGGAGUCCUCUGCCCUACCCGACUCCUGCUUUGGUUCCUGUGCUCUGUACACCACUGUCCGCAAGAGCCCCUUCCUGUCAUAGGGGGUUUUGUCUAGUAAACUUCCUUUCCCUGGAAAGAAAGUGAAGCCUCCAAGACCCUGUGUCCAUGGGCACCUGGAGAAGGCUUUCAGCAGUGUCCCUACUGUCAGGCCUCGAAGCUUCACUUCCGGCACAUCCUUCCCAGAAGCAUUCAGUUCCCUGGCACAGGGCCUAGGGCUCUGUAGAGUCAGGAGGCAGUACAGCUGCUCGCCAGCCUUCAUUUCAGCUUCAAUUAAUAGAGAAAAAUUUACGAUAGUCUCUAUAGACGCUGAAAAGAUACAUGGUGAAAAAUUAAAAUCCAUCCCGUAUUAAAACUCUUGUAAGUUAAGACUAGAAAGAAACAUCCUAAUCUAGAUAAAGGUCUCUGUGAGAAACCAACGGUGAAUGGCAUUCUAGCAUCACACAGCACAGGCAAACCCAGGGAAGUCAGAAACCAGCCAGGGACAUUAGCCUGGUUCUGGCACUGUGAGCUCUGAGGGCAGUGAGGAGUUACCACCGUCAUUUUCUGCAGAUGAUAGAAGUGCCUACGUAUAAAAUCUAAGAGAAUCAACUGAAGACUAAUAUGAGCAUUGUGUAAGUUGACCCAAAUGAAAUACGUAUCAUGUUCCUGUAAAGAUUUUGGUUUUCCCCAAAUCAACCAUGGAUUAAAUCAGUAUGGUACUGGAGUGGGCUCAGAGAGACCAACUGAUGGGACAAAACAGAGCCCAGAAAUGGACCCAGGUACACGAGAAUUUAGUUUAUGAUCAAAGUGGUAUUUCAAGUGGAGCAGAGAUGGAUUAUUUAAUAAACAGUACUUUGAGACAACUGGCUAUCUAUGAAAGUAAUAGAACUCUACCUCAUAGCUUACACAAAAAUUCUAGGUGGAAAAAAAAAAUAAAACUACAAAAUUACUGAAGAAAAUAUAGACUAUCUUUAUACCUCUGGUGUGGGGAAGUCUUUUCUAAAAAUAAGAAGCCUGAAAGACAUAAGGGAAAAGAUAAAACAGAUUUUACCAUCAAAAAAAUAUUGAAAGUUCCUGUAUGAUGGAAAAUAUCAACGUUAGAACACAACAGAUUUGGAGAAAAUAUUUGCAGCAUAUAAAUCAGUGGUUACAAUUGGCUUCAGAGAAAAGCUUGCUUUGGGGACUUUAGAGGAAGUCACUGGGGCCUGUGAACUAGCUACCUAAAGAUUCAAGGGUGACGCAGCUGAGUUCUUCCAGGCCAUCCAGGCUUGUUGCUGGGCUCAGAUUCUAGUUUUACCACUUGCUGUAUAACAUUGGGCAUGAUACGAAACCUGUAAAGUCUGUUUUCUCAACUGUAUCUAAAUCAUAGUGGAAGAAAUAAGAUAAUAUGAAGUGCUUAGCAGAGUGCCUGGGACAUAUACCAAACCACACCCACUGCCAUCAGUUCGAUUCCAACUCACAGCGACCCCAUAGGACAGAGGAGAGCUGCCCCAUAGGGUUUCCAAGGCUG